GAGCGCGCGGUGUUUCCGGCGCGGCCUUGCGCGAGCCGCGGGACUCGGGGCGGCGUCCUUUCGAGGCAGAGCUGUUUUGCCCCUCUCGUGUCGCGGCCGCCGAAGAAAGGCGACUGCGUCCUUGCCCUUUUUAUUUUUCUUUUUAAUAUUCGUUUUCUUGGCACUUCGGCAGUAAUCAAGAGUUCGCCAGUUCUGCAGAAAACCUACUGAACAUAAGAUGUUGCAACAAAGUCUACCUCCUGUAUUUUUCCCCUUUAUUCAUGAGCUUCACAGUUGCAAAUUUGAGCAGGAUGUUUGGAGAAUCUGUUGAAAAACUAGCGCAGGAUGACCUAGCAAAGAUUGUGAGCCUGUAACAAGAUACUCAUACUGGCUGUGUCCGUUCUGUUCUGAAUGCUGCAGAUAACAGCAAGUGAACUCCCUCCUUUACUUCCAAGUAUUCCUUUGACCUUCCAUCAAGACGGACUUUUCUAAUCUCUUCUUGAAGAUAUUAAUGGAAUACAAUCAUGUCCACUCAAGAGGAAAGGCAGAUCAAUACGGAAUAUGCUGUGUCCUUGUUGGAACAGUUGAAACUGUUUUAUGAGCAGCAGUUAUUUACUGACAUAGUAUUAAUUGUUGAGGGUACUGAAUUCCCUUGUCAUAAGAUGGUUCUUGCAACAUGUAGCUCCUAUUUCAGGGCUAUGUUCAUGAGUGGACUAAGUGAGAGCAAGCAGACACAUGUACACCUGAGGAAUGUGGAUGCUGCCGCCUUGCAGAUGAUAAUAACUUACGCAUACACAGGAAACCUGGCGGUGAACGACAGCACUGUCGAGCAGCUCUAUGAAACAGCUUGCUUCCUGCAGGUAGAAGAUGUGUUACAGCGUUGCCGAGAAUAUUUAAUUAAAAAAAUUAAUGCAGAGAACUGCGUGCGGCUGUUGAGUUUUGCUGACCUCUUCAGUUGUGAAGAGUUAAAGCAGAGUGCUAAGAGGAUGGUGGAGCACAAGUUCACGGCUGUGUACCGUCAGGAAGCCUUCAUGCAGCUGUCCCACGACCUCCUCAUAGACAUCCUCAGCAGCGACAACCUAAAUGUAGAAAAGGAAGAAACCGUGCGGGAGGCUGCCAUGCUCUGGCUAGAGUACAACACAGAAUCACGAUCCCAGUAUUUGUCUUCCGUUCUUAGCCAGAUCAGAAUUGAUGCACUUUCAGAAGUCACACAAAGAGCUUGGUUUCAAGGUCUCCCACCCAAUGAUAAGUCUGUUGUGGUUCAAGGUCUUUAUAAGUCCAUGCCCAAGUUCUUCAAGCCCAGGCUUGGGAUGACUAAGGAGGAGAUGAUGAUUUUCAUUGAAGCAGCCUCAGAAAACCCUUGUAGUCUUUACUCUUCUGUCUGUUAUAGCCCCCAGGCAGAAAAAGUUUACAAGUUAUGCAGCCCACCAGCUGAUUUGCAUAAGGUUGGGACAGUUGUAACCCCCGAUAAUGAUAUUUACAUAGCAGGGGGCCAAGUGCCCCUGAAAAACACAAAAACAAAUCACAGUAAAACAAGUAAACUGCAGACUGCCUUCCGAACUGUGAAUUGCUUUUACUGGUUUGACGCACAACAAAAUACCUGGUUUCCAAAGACACCGAUGCUUUUUGUCCGUGUGAAGCCAUCUUUGGUUUGCUGUGAAGGCUAUAUCUAUGCAAUCGGAGGCGAUAGUGUUGGUGGGGAACUUAACCGGAGGACUGUAGAGAGAUAUGACACUGAGAAGGAUGAGUGGACAAUGGUGAGCCCUUUGCCUUGCGCUUGGCAGUGGAGUGCAGCAGUGGUGGUUCACGACUGCAUCUAUGUGAUGACAUUAAACCUCAUGUACUGCUACUUUCCAAGAUCUGACUCAUGGGUAGAAAUGGCCAUGAGGCAGACUAGCAGAUCUUUUGCUUCAGCUGCAGCUUUUGGUGAUAAAAUUUUCUAUAUUGGAGGGUUGCAUAUUGCUACCAAUUCUGGUAUAAGACUCCCCUCUGGCACUGUAGAUGGGUCUUCAGUAACUGUGGAAAUUUAUGAUGUGAAUAAAAAUGAAUGGAAAAUGGCAGCCAACAUCCCUGCUAAAAGGUAUUCUGAUCCCUGUGUUAGAGCUGUUGUGAUCUCAAAUUCUCUUUGUGUGUUUAUGCGAGAGACCCACUUAAACGAAAGAGCUAAGUAUGUCACCUAUCAGUAUGAUUUGGAACUUGACCGGUGGUCUCUGCGGCAGCAUAUAUCUGAACGUGUACUGUGGGACCUAGGGAGAGAUUUUCGAUGCACUGUGGGUAAACUUUAUCCAUCCUGUCUUGAAGAAUCUCCUUGGAAGCCACCAACUUACCUUUUUUCACCAGAUGGAACAGAGGAGUUUGAACUGGAUGGAGAAAUGGUUGCACUUCCGCCUGUAUAGAGGAGUUGAAGGGGUGCACGUGCUGAACUUGUGGUAUCCUUUGCUCAACCAGAGGAUAACAAAGGACAGAGUAUGAGUACAUAAAAAUCUAUCUUUGAUACAUUUUAUUUUUAUGCCCUACGUAAUAUUUGCAUCAGUAUAAUAUAUAUCAGUGUGUCAUACAGAAAGAUAUGCUUCUGUAAUAUGAAAUAGGUUAUUUGAUAACUGAGAAACUUAAGUAUAUCAUGUGAGCAUAAGAGUCUGGAUUCUCUAACAUUGUUAGCCCUGUGUAUGUACAGUCCAGAACUUCACUUUUAAAAAUAAUCUCCUGUUCCCAGUGUGGUAUCUCAGAAUUGUGCCGAGAUUAUUUUAGUAUAUGUAUUGAAUUCCUGUACUUUCAAAGUCCUGGAAUAUAGGGUUUGUUUUUUUUUUAAUAAUUCCGCUGCACUUAACACUAAUGUUCAUGUUGGUAUAGAAAUGUCUUCUAAAUCCUAUACUAUUGUUGAGCAAGAUCUGCUAUCCGUCAACGUAUUACACAGGGAAAGCUGUGACUGCAGGAUCAGUCUCACUAUUCUACUAGGUGCAUGUAUACCCUUCCCACUGACUUAAACUCGUCUAUCUAGAAUACAGGUUGUCCAGUCAGCUGGUCACUUACCAGGUGUGGACUUAUGUUGCUGGGCUUGCAAAUGAAUUGCUAGUCCCUCACCAUGCGGGUCUAUGUGGAGCUUUAAUCAGUAAAUGUCUCCACUUCCUAUAUUACAUUAAUGUUGGCUCAUGCAUAUAACCACCUGCUGCUGAUGUAGUUCUCCAUCUUAAAGAGAUUUAGAGUGGAUUAACCAGGUCAUUACAUCCUAAUUUAAUAACGAGCAUUACUGUAGAGUGAUUGUGUGUAGGUAUCUAAUAGGUGUGUUUUUUUUUUAACCCGAUGUGUGUAUGUUUGGGGGGCUAGGAUUAGGAAGGUGAACUGUGCAGGAAUUGUCUGCACUGUGCAGAAGAGCAGAUACUAGUGCUGCUCUGGCAUUAAUCCCAGGAACCACUAGCAGUAGUGGGGCGCCACCAAUGUAACAUGAGCACAGGUGCCUCAUGACAAACAUGGCUGGCAUGUUCAACUGCAUAAUGCUCUGGCACUGUAUUUUGAAUGACAUUAAUUUAUUAAAUAAAUUGUAUAUAAUCAAUA